UGAACAUACCAGCCCUGAUGAACAUUUAUUUUGAUUUUGAUUAUAAUAGAUAACCUUAUCAACUUAUGACCCGGCUAAAAUAGUGUGAAACGUUAAUAUUUAAUAUCCUUUGUUGAUGACUGUGAAAUUUUUUAAACUAACAAAAAAUCUAAGUUUGAGAUUUAAGACUACAAUGGCUAGUAUAAACGAGGCUAAACAAAUUGCUGCCUAUAAAGCAGUGGAUGAUCACGUAAAAAGCGGUCAAGUAAUAGGGGUUGGAAGUGGUUCAACAGCUGUAUUGGCUGCUCAAAGAUUAGCAGAACGUUUUAAACAAGAAAAACUCAAUAUUAGAUGUGUACCAACUUCAUUUCAAGCUAGACAAUUGAUUAUACACCACAAAUUACCUUUAACAGAUUUAGAAAUUGAUCCGAUUGUUGAUAUAACCAUUGAUGGAGCUGAUGAAGUUGAUGCUAAUUUAACCUGUAUUAAAGGAGGUGGAGCUUGUUUAUUACAAGAAAAAAUUGUAGCGAGUAAUUCUAAAAAGCUUGUUAUAAUUGCUGAUCACACAAAAGAUUCUGAAAAGCUGGGAGAAAAAUGGAAAAAGGGUGUUCCAAUAGAAGUUGUUCCAAUGGCAUACGUUGCUAUAAAAAAUAAAAUUGAAAAGACAUUAGGAGGAACAGCUGAACUGAGACUAGCUAAAAUGAAAGCUGGACCCAUAGUUACUGACGAUGGGAAUUUUAUUUUAGACUGGAAAGAUUUUGAUCCAGAAUGUAACUGGGAGAAAGUAAAUAAUCAACUUUUACAAAUACCUGGCCUGAUAGAGACUGGAUUAUUUGUAAAUAUGGCUGUUAUGGCAUAUUUUGGAAUGAAUGAUGGAUCUGUUAAAGUUAGAAUUCCAGAGGAUUCCAAAAAAUGUCAAGGAGCAUGUUAUGUUUAAUAUUACCUUUUUAUUAAGAUAUCGUUCAUUGGUUACAAUGGUAUUUAAAUAAUAUGUUUUGUUUAGUUAUGGAAAGUAUUUUGGUGGUUUCUGAAGUAUAUUUUUUACUUUCUUUUUCAGAUCAACUCUAGUAAUUUUAUUAUGAAAGUAAUGCGUAAUGAUACGGUUAAAUUAUUCCUUAUGCCAUUUUUAGUUAUCUAGUAUUUUUUAUAUAUAUUUUUAUAAUUGUAGGGUUUAUUGUAAGAAAAUAAAUAUUUUUUUAUUUUAA